AUGUCGGCGUUGCCUGUUAAGCCCUCAGGUUCGAAGGAUCUACCACAAACCAGUUACGACGAGCUGCUAGAGCUGGAAAAUUACGUCUUGGUUGCCAACAAAGAACCGAUCGAGUGUCCGAUCUGCUUCGGAGCGGUCCAGCCGUACGAGGGUAUCGUGCUGCGGGAUUGUCUGCAUUCGUUCUGUAGCGAGUGCCUCGUCGACACCAUCCAACACAGUGACGAUGUGGAAAUACGCUGCCCGUAUCGGGAUAACGUGUACAGCUGUGAAAGUGUCUUGCAGCAACGGGAAAUCAAUGCGCUGGUGAGCAAGGAAGUGUAUGAGGCGCAUCUGGCCAAAUCGAUCCAGCAAGCGGAAGCCUCGAUCGGCGACACGUUUCACUGCCGAACGCCAAACUGUCGCGGUUGGUGCAUCAUCGAAGGUAACGUUACCGAGUUCAAGUGUCCAGUUUGCACGAACGUUAAUUGUGUAGCUUGUCGGACAAUACAUGCGGGAUGCAAUUGUACGGAGUACCGCAACAGGCAACGAUUGGAGCAGAACGGUGGAUAUAACGAAACAAUGCUGCAGCGGAUGCUCGAGACGGGUGAUGCUAUGAGGUGUCCAACUUGUAAGAUGAUUGUAACGAAGAUUUCUGGUUGUGACGGGCUCAAGUGCCUCAUAUGUAAGACCGAGAUAUGCUGGGCAACGCGUGGACCGCGCUGGGGACGAGCCGGCAAUGGUGAUACUAGUGGCGGUUGCCGCUGCGGCGUAAAUGGAACCAAGUGCCAUCCACAGUGUAAGAACUGCCAUUAA